AAAAAGUGACGUAACACUACACUACGAAUCGUAGAAGAAGGGGCACGUCACGUGUCCGGAAAUACUCACGGUGGCUUUCAAUCAAAAUACGGAUCUCCACUCCUACUCGGAAUACUAAUCGAUUAUAGUAUAUUUUAAUAGUGUUAUUUAUUUUGGCAGGGCUAGCAAUAUGCGACGUCUCGGCUCGGUUCAGCAGAAGGUAUCAUGUGUUUUUAUGACGGAAGUCAAAGAAGAACCGUCCAAGAAACGUGACUGCCAACCAUUUCACAUGGUCGCCACCACCAUAUUGAACCCUGACGUGCUGGAAGCUGACAUCAACAGCGCACUGGCCACAGAGAAACUGGACGGCACCUGCUGCUACGUUACGCACUACAAAGGGAAACUGCACCUCUGGGCUCGACUGGACAGGAAAGCCAAUAAACAAGCAGAGAAGAGAUUCAAGAAAUAUCAGUAUGCUCACAGGAGCUCCAAAGGUUUUACGUGGAAUGUGGAAGAAGACUUUAAGACGGUGCCGGACACAUGGAUCCCGGCUCACCGAGUCAAACAUCAGAACGGUCAUCCCGUCCCUGAUGAACAUGGACACAUUCCAGGUUGGGUUCCGGUGGAAGAUGGCAACAAGCAGUACUGUUGGCACUCAUCCGCGGUGGAUUAUGGUGCCGGGACGGUGCUGCUUCUUCGUCCCGCCGCCAACAACGAUUACGACACGUUGGAAAUCGCCGCUGUGCCGUUAACGGACCUCCAGGAACAAACUCUGGAGCUGAUCGGCACCAACAUCAAUGGAAACCCUUAUGGCUUGGGAUGCAAGAAGCAACCCAUCCACUUGCUGGUGUCCCACGGGAGUGUCCGCAUCCAAAACCCUCCACGGGUAAACUUCGAGCAGCUCUACUCGUGGUUCUGCAGCAGCCCCGAGGGUCUUGUGGAGGGUAUUGUGUGGCACUGUGGUGACGGCUCGCUAUUUAAGGUUCACCGCCACCACCUGGGCCUGGAGUGGCCAGCAGGGAACACUCACCUGGGCAGCAAGCCAGUGGUGGUCCGUGUAGGUGGGACAGCGGUUGCAGCGGGCGACAACAGCAAGAGCCUGUUUGCGUCAUUAUCCCACCUCAAUGGACACUGUUUCAGCGGUCUGCGCGACAUCCACUUUGACUUGUGAAAACAAUCUACAGCAUAUCCAAAGGCAGAGAAGCAUUCACACUUUUUUUUUUUUUUUUUUAAAUCAUGGCUGCCAAAUGGAACUUAAUAUUUCCUUUUGUUGUAUUUCUGCAAUUCGUGCCAGGAAUAUGACACACGACAUUGUGGCAUGGCCACAUAUGAGACUCAAGUGGAAGGCUUAUUGUCAUUAAAGACGCAAUAUUCGAUCAUUUCAAAUACUUCACAUUGGACAUAAAAUUGUGUAACUACCAUAAGUCAGAGUCUUGGAGAACACAAAUCAUUGUUAAAGGCAGCUUCUCUGCAAAUUCCAGGAGAAGAAAAUGUCGUGAAGCUCCUUGGAAGAUAAAAAUGGGACGUACGCAACAUUGUGGAGCAACCAUAGGUUGAAGUCCAUGGCAAUACUAAUCGUCAAUAAAGACACUGUCUCGACGCUACACGAGAUCAUUUUUAAUACUGCAGAUUCAGAUUGCUUGGAACAAAUGGAGCCACCGCUUCUCAGACUCUACCGAAGUGCUAAUUAUCACCAAAGACGUUGUCUUUUAAUACUGUAGAUUGGGCCCAACAAAUAAUUGCUAGCUGGAUUGUAAACAUGACCACAAACACAACUUGUGAAAUGAUUGCAUGUCAGUCUGUUGGAACAUGAACACAUGAAAGAUGCCAUAAACGUCGAAUCCGAGUAAAAUGGACUGAAGUUGCUGGAACAUAACCGUGGACGCACGCAACAUUGUGGAGCGACACUAUCAGUUUGCUGCAGCCACUUUUUGAGAAAAAUGCCCUGUUUACUAUUCCAAUUAUUCUCAGUUUUGUGCAUGAUUACAAUGUUUCAACAUUAACAAUAAUAAUACAAGACAUUCCGUCAUGGCUCAAUACAAGACAUUCCGUAAUGGCUCAACCUGACUGAAAACAUUACCUCCUUGAUAGAAGUAAUAUUGAGUUUGAAUAUUUUGCUACUAAAUGACGCAGUUUUUGUUUUUUUAAACAGAGAAAGUUGUUCCAAUUCAUUGUUUAUAUCUACCCUGUUUAAAUGUGUAACCAUAUUGCCCUAAGAGUAAACAAGAGCUUCUCAUUGUGAUUCAUUGGUUGUUACACGCCCAAAACUAGACAAGAUGUACUCCCUCUUCGCCAUACUUCACUCUGGAUAUCAUCUCAACACAACCAGACAAGAGGCUCUGGUGGGAAUAGAUUUUUAUUUGACCUUAUCAAAUGAAGACAAAUUCUAUCAAUCUGAUGAUAAAUUAGAACUGUAUUUGGCAUAUCUGGUGCGUGGUAAAUCACCGUUAAUCUCUUGUCGAAGGUCAGCUUGGAGCGACUCCCUUGAGCCUGCCGAGGAAAAGAUGUUUUAUGGUUAUGUAAGCAUGGCUUGCUAUUUUGACACAGAUGAGGUUAACAUGUACCACAUUGGUUUGAUAAGUUCACAAAUUGUUGUAACUUUCUGCAACACAGAAAAUAAUAAAUAUCAGUUUUCAAAG